UUCACAGUUGUGGAAAUAAUUUGCCUGAUAGCACGAAUGAAACAGCACACUCCCCAUGAAAGUCAGACACUUUUAGAAAAGAAAUGGCCUUCAAGAAGAUAUUUCUGUGGUGCAUCAGUGUCCUCUUACCAUUACUUGCCACAGCUGAAGGGCUAUCUACAAAUUCUCAUGGACCAUGCGUCUUCCCCUUCAUCUACAAUGGAAAGUCCUACUCAUCGUGCACAACAGCUGGGACAGUAGGUGGAAAGCUUUGGUGCUCCCUCACUAGCAACUAUGAUGUAGAUCCCAGAUGGACUUACUGUGACCCCUCAGUAUUUCAGGUCUAAUGUCUAAGAAAUGGAAGGUGAUUCCGAAUCUGACCAGGAGCCUUAACUUGCCUAGAACUCAUCAGUGGCCAUACGUAAAUCAUCACACAGUGUAAUAUGUCAUGUGUUGUUGUUCAUCUGAGGUUGAAUUGACCUAAUUUUCAGAUUUGCUAAGGAUGAAAAGAUUUUUGCUAUGUCCUGAUAUGUAAAACCAUAGAAUUCAAAGAGGGCAUACUUUCUUUUUCACAUCAUAAUAUUAAAGACAGCCAGACAAACAGGUAAGUGGGUGCUUAAUCAAAAAUGGGUAACCUGAACCUAUUGUACCAGGCACAUAUAAUGGAAAUACAGAAAUGACUAGAACAGAUCUAUUGCUAGGAAAAUGGGGUGGACCAAUAAACAAAGAGGAAGAUCUAACAUUAGAUGAGUUGAUUCUAUAAAGAAAGCCACAGCUGUUAGUUUGCAAGAUCUCAGCAGAACUUAAUGGAAAAGACAAUAUUGCUUGGAAGGGGCCUGGCAACAGGAAGAGAGACCAAUCUAAUGUGAGUUACUGUUGAGUUGCAAGAUCUCAACAGAUCUCUUAGUGACAGGACAUCUUGGAAGUCACUAACUCAUACAGAGUGAAAAAGGUGGAUGGAAACAGUUAAUUGGCCACCCUUCUGUCUCCCCAACCUUCCCCCCAAUGUUCUCCCCUCAUGCUGCAGAUGUCCUUGGCUGCAGUUGCUACUGUAUCCUAACUCCUGAGUAAACUGGGUAAGAUUACUCCUGAGUAAACCUUACUUUAAGGUCAUUCACUUUAAGAUCCUCCACAAAGGAAAAAAAACAGUAAUUUCAGAGUGAUCGUCUGAAUAUUAUUACCUAAUUUUUAAAAUAUCUUUUUUUCACAGGUUGGAGUUAAAAAUGUUUGUCCAGGAAGGAGUUAAAUAUUUUAUUUCACACUGAAAGAAGCUUUAUCCCUAGGUAUGCAAACUUUGUGUUAUCAGGAGGGCUUCCCCCGGUAGGUCCAGUCUACUCCCCGGGAACGGCUGGUAGACCGCCCCCCCCAGGGCUUCCCCGCCGCCAU